GCCGUCCAAUUCCCAUCGCAACCAGGCAUGCGGACGCUGAAGUGCCCGUGCAAGGCGCGCAAGUGCGACGAGUGCAAGGGCUGCGUCAAGUGCCAGUGCCACUGCCAUGGGCCGCCACCGCGCCUGCCUGCCGAGAAGCGGCCCACGAAGGUCAAGAAGCCGCCCAAGGUCAAGACGCCUCGCACCAGCAACGGCGACGACCCGACGCCCAAGCGGCGCCAGUUGACCAUGGACGAGCUCAUGCAGCCGCGGCGACGGUCAUCGAGCGGCGAGAAAAAGGCCGCUGAAGAUGCUGUGGACACGCUCGAGGAUGCUGCGGACGACGCCGACGACGUGCAGCCACGCCGAUCGUCCCGGUCGCAGAGCGUCGUGGACCAAGGAGACGAGCCAGACACACCAGCCGUCGCAACGGACGAGACUGCUGCCGCGGAUAAUGUAGAUGCAAACGUAGUGGAUGACGGUGGUGAAAGCACCGCUGUUGAACCGGUGCCCGAAGAACCCGUGGUCGUGCCCGAACCGAUGAGCCUCGAGGACCAGCUGCAAGCGCUCAUGGACCGCAGAGAGACCGAGGUGAGCGAGCUCGCGGCGCUCGAGCGGCAGAUCUUUGAGCUCGAAGGCGCGUACUUGCGGCGCAACCAGCACGCUGGCAACAUUGCGAAGGGCUGGGCGCCGGCCAAGACCUUUAUCGCCGAGGUCAUGAAGGACCAGCUCCUGGAGCUCGAGCUCUCGGGCGAGAAUCCGCCCGACAUGACGCGGGCCGAAGAAGACGCCGUGAGCCAGCAGCGCAUCUUUUCGUUUUCGUCCACGUCGUCGCCAGCAGAGCUCUUAGCGCAGCAGUGGGUCGAGCACAAGUCUUCGGACGAGCUCUUGGCCUUGCGCCUCGCAUCGGCGCCCGUCAGCCGAGCGCUGCGCAAGCGGGAGCUCACAGUCGACACGACCGAGAGCAGCCCGUCGCCCGACGAAGGCUCUUCGUCGUCGGCCAAGCCCCGAUCCAAGUCGAAGCGAAAGCGAUAGCUGUAUUGCCCCAGAAAUCAAUGUACCUUCAUCCAAAACCUAUCCCGUGUCAACGAUCCGCC